CAAAAAGUUUAAAGUGCAAAAAAGUGUUUAACCAAAUUUUACACAAUUAUUUAAUAAAAAUAUUAAAAAAAGAAAACUAACCACAAAUAUAUACUUUAUCAUAAAUUAAAAAAAAAAAAAAAAAAACAGUGUCAAAGAUUCAAAGUCAAAUACCUAUACACAGUCAACGAGGCAUACAAUUUUAUAGAGAGAGCCCAAGUUAGAGAGACAAAUAAAAAAACCUUAAGGACAACAAAUUAAAUGUAUGUUGACAAUUGCCUAUAUCUUCAAAGUAUUUCAACAAAUAAAAUAUAAAAAGAAGUGAAUUUAAUGUAAAUUUUUAAUGCAAACAAACAUGACAAGAGUUAAAAGGAUUCUUAAAUAAAAAAAAUAACUGCAGCAGAAAAAAGGAUAAUACAAAACUAUAUUCAUAAACUAACAUCACAUUUAUGAAGGAAAUUUUAAUGCAUUUUACGCACAACUAAACGGCUUUUAAUAUCCAUAAACUGAAAAGAAAAAAAAUUACACUCAGCAGCUGUAGUUGUCUUAGAAGUAAUGAAAACAGCAAAAAGCAACAGCAAAAAGUGGCGGAAACAUUAGAAUAGUUUUAAAUAACUUUAACAUGAAGUUUUAUUUAUUCUCCCCUAAAUACAUUUUUAUGCAUUUUAAAUAUUUAUAAAAACAACAAGCAGCAAGUCAUUGGUUAAGACCGAAGUUUUUUAAGCAGCACACAACUCAACAGCAACGAAGCAGCAAGCAAAGUAAUAGUUUCUAAUGUCUGUGGCAGGCAAACGUUGAGUAUGACACAAAAACGAGGGGAUUCCACAACGUGUUCUUGAAUACUUAAAAAAAUUCUCCUCUUUAACUAAUACAACUUCCAUCAUACAAAACGAUACAGAGUUUAAAUCGAAAUCAAAGCAACAACAUUGUUGAAACGAAAAAGUGGGAAAAAACAUAAGAAUCAUUAAGUCAAAAACACACAAUCUCAACUUGUUGGAGCUGCUGGAGUGUUCUGAUAAAGAAAGGAAACGGGGAACAAAUAAUUCAUUUGGUAUAUACACGUGUUUGAGUGAGAGUCAAGAGAUUAAAUAAUAACAACAAAAACAGUAAUCCCGACUUUCGUAUCCGCACUCUUAUGUGUGCAAAUGUUUACGCUGAUUUACUGCAUUCUACAUUACAUUAAACUUUUCUAUUACACACACUCAAGUAAAAAAAUUGUGUGUUUGUGUGUAAAUAACUGUUAGAAUAAAUGUUAAACAGUGCUGUGGUGCAUGUAAUAAUUGUUUAUGACAAGUUUGUGUCUGGCUAGAAGAAAAAAGACACGUGUUUACUGCAGUUGUGACUUUGUUAAAUGAGUUUGAUAUAAAUCAUAAAGGAUCCCUGACCCAAAAGAAAACAGUAAAGUGACUUCAAUAUAAAAGAUAAGCAAAAAAAAAAAAAAAAUACUGGAAUUUGAAAUAUUUUUUCUCUUCGUUUACUUGAAACAACAAAUAAGCAGUGGCGCGUCUACUAUUAUGGCUCGUUUUAUAACAACAUCAUCAUCACCAACAUUAACAACUUCGACCGCAGCAACAGCAUCGUCGUCGUGGUCAUCAAAUGCAACAUCCACAGCAACAUCGAUUUCUUCCCAUUCAAGAACAUCCAGAAAAUCCCGUUAUACCUCUAGUCAUUUAUUAAACGCGUUCGCGUCUCUAACGUCUCGUUCGUCGUUAUCUCUGUCGUCAACAUCGUCAAAUGACUUAUAUCGUGGUUUUCUCACCACACUUGUCAUACUCUUGCGUAUGUCAUCGGUGGCGUACGGUAUAACGGAUCGUUUAAUUGUUCAAACAACUAGUGGUCCCGUACGUGGUCGUGCGGUAACAGUACAGGGUCGUGAAGUGCAUGUCUUCACAGGUAUUCCGUAUGCAAAACCUCCUGUGGAUGAUUUACGUUUUCGCAAGCCAGUACCAGCUGAACCAUGGCAUGGCGUUUUAGAUGCAACACGACUGCCAGCAACAUGUGUACAAGAGAGAUAUGAAUAUUUCCCUGGCUUUUCCGGUGAAGAGAUAUGGAAUCCCAAUACAAAUGUAUCAGAAGAUUGUUUAUAUAUGAAUAUAUGGGCUCCAGCAAAGGCCCGUCUGCGACAUGGUCGUGGAGCCAAUGGUGGUGAGCAUUCAUCGAAAACCGAUCCUGAUCAUUUAAUCCAUAGUGCAACACCCCAAAAUACAACAAAUGGUUUACCCAUUUUAAUAUGGAUCUAUGGUGGUGGCUUUAUGACUGGUUCGGCCACACUGGACAUUUACAAUGCCGACAUUAUGUCAGCGGUGGGUAAUGUUAUUGUUGCCUCAUUUCAGUAUCGUGUCGGUGCAUUUGGUUUUCUACAUCUUUCACCGGUUAUGCCAGGUUUUGAAGAGGAAGCGCCCGGUAAUGUUGGUCUAUGGGAUCAAGCAUUGGCCUUGCGUUGGCUUAAGGAAAACGCUCGUGCCUUUGGUGGCAAUCCCGAAUGGAUGACUUUGUUUGGUGAAUCAGCCGGUUCGAGUUCGGUAAAUGCCCAGCUAGUUUCGCCGGUUACAAGAGGUCUUGUGAAGCGCGGCAUGAUGCAAUCGGGUACCAUGAAUGCACCCUGGAGUCAUAUGACUUCGGAAAAGGCGGUAGAGAUUGGUAAAGCUUUAAUAAACGAUUGUAAUUGUAAUGCCUCUUUGUUGCCGGCUAAUCCUCAAUCAGUAAUGGCCUGCAUGCGUGCGGUCGAUGCAAAAACAAUUUCAGUACAACAAUGGAAUUCCUAUUCGGGUAUUUUAAGUUUUCCCUCAGCUCCCACUAUAGAUGGUGCAUUUUUACCCGCUGAUCCCAUGACACUUAUGAAAACAGCUGAUAUGUCUGGUUAUGAUAUUAUGAUUGGAAAUGUCAAGGAUGAGGGUACAUAUUUUCUCUUAUACGAUUUUAUUGAUUACUUUGAUAAAGAUGAAGCAACAUCAUUGCCACGUGAUAAAUAUUUAGAAAUUAUGAAUAAUAUAUUUAAUAAGGCCACACAAGCCGAACGGGAGGCCAUUAUAUUUCAGUAUACCAGCUGGGAAGGUAAUCCAGGAUAUCAAAAUCAACAGCAAAUUGGUAGAGCUGUAGGAGAUCACUUCUUUACCUGCCCCACAAAUGAGUAUGCACAGGCAUUAGCUGAACGAGGUGCACAAGUACAUUACUAUUACUUUACACAUCGCACAAGUACCUCCUUGUGGGGUGAAUGGAUGGGCGUUUUACACGGCGAUGAAAUCGAGUACUUCUUUGGACAACCAUUAAACACAUCACUGCAGUAUAGAGCCGUUGAACGGGAGUUGGGAAAACGGAUGCUCAAUUCAGUUAUUGAAUUUGCAAAAACGGGUAAUCCAGCUGUUGAUGGUGAAGAAUGGCCAAAUUUCUCCAAAGAAGAUCCUGUUUAUUAUGUCUUCAGUACAGAUGAAAAAACUGAAAAACUACAAAGAGGUCCAUUGGCCAAACGAUGCUCAUUUUGGAAUGAUUAUCUGCCGAAAGUACGAAGUUGGGUUGGUUCCGAAUGUGAAAACAACAGUGCAGAAUCUGCGGCAGUGUCCAUUAUAUAUGAAAAACAGCAAAACUUAUUAAAAUGGGUCAUCAUGCUCACAAUAAUGGUCACAUGCAUUUUUCAAUAAAAAUAAAAAAUAACAAAAAUUUUGUUUACACUUUAAUUGAAAAUAUAUGAAAACAAAAAAGAAAAUAAUAAUAAUAACACAAUAACUUUAAUAAGAAAUAUAUAUAAA